AUGCUACGUGAGAUGGCCCGGGCUCGCUUGCAGCCCAACCUCAUCACCUUCAACGCAACCAUCACAGCCUGCGGCCGCAGCUCCCAGUGGCAGCAUUCGCUGGCAUUGCUACUCCAAGUCCGGGACAACUUUUUGCAGCCCGACCGCACAUCAUACAAUUCAACCUUCACUGCCUGUGAAAGAGGCUCGGCGACCCGGAUGUCUGGUGAAGUGCUCUCGCAGAUGCGCUCCGCAGCGAUGCAAGCUGACCUGUACACCUACAACGCUAGCAUCAGCGCUUGUGGCAAAGAUGCCGGGUGGGAGCGCGCUGCAUGGAUCCUGUUCGACAUGGCACGAAGAGAGGUCGAGCCAGACGUUGUCAGCUUCGGAGCCGCGCUCAGCGCAUGCGAGAAAGCAUCGAAGUGGCUGGCAUCUUUGCAGCUCCUGAAGACCAUGCCCUCCACGAGGCUGGAUCCCAAUGCCAUCAUCUACAGCACAUCCAUCAGCGCUUGUGCCAAGACCUCGCAGUGGCGCUUUGCUUUGGACUUGUUGAUGGAGUUGAAGGCACGCGAGUUGAGGGCCGAUGAGGGCUGCAGGGCCGAUGUGGUGGCCUUCAGCGCAGCAAUCAAUGCAUGCAAGAAGGGGGCUGCUUGGCAGUCGGCUCUGCGGCUUUUGGGGCAGAUGAAGGAAGAGGGCCCAGAGCCCAACAUCAUCUCAUACACCGCCGCCAUGAAUGCCUGUGAGCGCGGCUCGUGCUGGCCCUUGACUUUGCUGCUCCUGCAAGAAGCCAGAGGACGCGCCCAUGUGCCCACUGAAGUCACAUAUGGCGCUGCCAUGGCCGCAUGCGGCAGAGGCUCCCUCUGGCAGUAUGCCCUGUCGGUUCUUGAUGAGAUGCAGGCUGCCGACGUCAGCCCGGACUCGUUGAUUUACAAUGCAUGCAUGCUAGCAUGCAAACGGGGAUCUCAGGGGCACUUGGCACUUCAGCUUGAAGCAAAAAGGCUGACAACAGCUGAAGUACUGAAUUAG